ACGUCUCACCUAAUUGUCCCAGUAUACACUGCUACGGUAACACACCUGCUACACUGAGACUGACCAACAGAAACCUUUGUAGAUCGGCAGCUGGUGCUAGUUAACGGAACGCUUUGAUUGGCCGGUUUAAUGGGGGUGGGGAGCGCAGCGCUUUUUCCUCUCUUCUUACCAAGUUUCCUUCAUUGGAUUGACCAGCUGUCAGAUUUAACCCAAACCUGCCUCCUUUUGGUGGUGUUUGUCUGGAUCGCAACACAAUAGCGGGGGGAGAGCCUCCCCUUGUAAGCUGCGAUUGGCUAGGCUCAACCUUGGCGGUUUCUGAUUGGUCCUAUGAAGAAACACCAAGAUAGGUUGCCUAGCGAUUCUGAGGACGCUGAUGUGUUAUUCCUUUUCUGCAUCGAACGAUCAGGAAGUUUGUGUUCUCUGCGUGGCUGAGAAGUUUUUCACCUACUAGGACGGGGGUGGGGGGAGGGGGGGACAGGUGUCCCCUAGAAUAGACUGCAAACUGCAGCCUGCGUCCGGCCAUAACCCAGAAGUAACGUAAGAAACAGGUGAGAAUGACCACUUUAACUCACCGAGCCCGUCGCACUGAAGUAGGCAAGAACUCUGAAAAGAAGGUGGAAAGUGAGGAAGACACUAAUCAAGACAGGAGUCCAGAUAAUGAAGACUCUGGAGACUCUAAGGAUAUCCGGCUCACCCUUAUGGAAGAAGUACUGCUCCUGGGACUAAAAGAUAAAGAGGGUUACACAUCUUUCUGGAAUGACUGCAUAUCAUCUGGCCUGCGAGGGGGCAUCCUGAUAGAGCUGGCCAUGCGGGGUAGAAUCUAUCUGGAACCCCCCACCAUGCGUAAGAAGCGAUUACUAGACAGAAAGGUACUGCUAAGGUCAGACAGCCCAACAGGUGAUGUUUUACUGGAUGAAACUCUCAAACACAUCAAAGCAACUGAACCCACAGAAACUGUCCAAACAUGGAUAGAGCUGCUAACUGGUGAGACCUGGAACCCCUUCAAAUUGCAAUACCAGCUGAGAAAUGUAAGAGAGCGAAUUGCAAAGAACCUAGUAGAGAAGGGUAUUCUAACCACUGAGAAGCAGAAUUUCCUCCUGUUUGACAUGACUACUCAUCCAGUGACGAAUACAACAGAGAAACAGCGAUUAGUGAAAAAACUUCAAGAUAGUGUCCUAGAGCGGUGGGUAAAUGACCCUCAGCGUAUGGACAAGCGAACUCUAGCACUCCUGGUGCUAGCCCACUCUUCCGAUGUGCUAGAGAAUGUCUUCUCUUCUCUGACAGAUGACAAGUAUGAUAUGGCAAUGAACCGAGCCAAGGACCUAGUAGAACUGGACCCUGAAGUAGAGGGGACAAAGCACAGUGCCACAGAAAUGAUCUGGGCUGUGUUAGCAGCCUUCAAUAAAUCCUAAAGCCAACAAGUGGGUUUCUCCUUUUUCCCCUAUUAGCUGGUGACUGUCAGAGACAUCAUCACUGAGUUUUAUGUGAUGAGAUGUUCUUCAUCAAUUUUUUUUUUCCUUCUUUUGAAUCAGGCUCAUGAUUUAGAGAGAGCAAUUUCAGGGCUUCUCCACAGACCUUAACCAUUAUAAGUAGACUUUAUCUCUCCCUAUACUUCCAUUUCAGAGGUGAAUAAACUGGGUGAACACACACACACUGAAUAAACAUUUUCUUUCA